GACUAUCUUGUUGUUCCCAGAAGUAGUGAACAUUUCCCUCAGCUCGGCUGGUCAUGCAUAGCAAAAUGCUGAGAAAAGCGUCUGUGGCUUUGGCAACCUCCUCAGAUUCGGUUAUUCAAGUCAAACUGAACAGUAGGCUAUUUAAGGACAGAACGUAAGGAGGACAUGUGUUUGAAUGCUUCACAAUGACAACGAUUAACUACAGGAAAGAGUGAAUCAGCACAGGCAAAGCUGCCAGGGAUCCUCUUUCUAUUAUUCAAGGAUUACGAUUACCAACUCAACAUGCUCAUACUGAAUCCAUAGAUGACUUCUUUUAUUACUUCCAGUCAUUAAUCCACAAGCUAUGUAAGGUGAGAAAGAAAGGCGAUCUUGAACUGGCUCUGACAUGCUGAUGAAAUGUGGACACACCCUGCUGUUAGUCAGGAGAGAAAAUGGACGACAGCUGCCUGCUUUCGGAAUCAGGCAGAAUAAAUAACGGUCGCUAGCGGCACGUCACCUCCGGCCAGUUUUGUUGCAUAAUAAGAAACUCAAGCAUACUUUCAGACUCUGGAGGAAGAAGUCAGCCAAUUCAAGAAACAACAUUGAAGCACUGCUUAGGACUUUGCGGUUGUCUACUUCAUCAAACUGGAACACUUCUUGGUUAAAAUGCUAAACACGAGUCAGUAACAAGGUGGCUGAGGCAACAGCUCAAACAACAUCACAAUGUACAGAUUGGGCUGCACUAGAGACCAUCAGAGGUCGGUUUCAAUGUCCGCUUCGCAUUUUGCAUCGGACGCGUAACCCAACACAUCACCACUCCUUUUCAUGCUUCAUGGUCUCAAAGGAAUCUCUUUCAGAGAUGAUUCUGUGUGGUCAGAUGGGUUUUGCAGUUUUGUACUGCAUACUGUGGUUCACCACACCUGUCUUUCUGCGCUCCGAAUUCAAGGUGGCAUACGUCACAGAGCACAGCGUCUACAUGUGCACGUGUGUGCAGGAUUUGGCCUUCUGUGAAGAAAUGAACUCCAGUGAAUGUAACAACUGCAGGGACCAUUCAUCUGUGCUGCAGAGCCCCAGCCCGGUCCAAAAGAAACGCCUUACAGUAUGGUACACCUCACCGCUUGAGGUGGCCCUUCUUCUGAACAACUCAGAGGUCAGGCACUUGACACUGGUCCAGUGUAGGCCCGCUAAUGAUCAGCCUAUUUCAUUUGACUACUUUGCAGUUCAGCGCCUGGAGAGGCUUACGGUCUCCUACCCAUUCUGGAAGCCUGACCGGAGUUAUGAUGUGAUUAUAGGCAAGGAGAGGGGCGCUCCGUACCACGAGGAGGCCCGAAUCGCCAUCAUUCACACUUCUGUGUUGACUGGAAAAACUGAACUGAAGUCGUACACAGUCCAAACCGAAGUGGAUCGCACUGGUUUGACGUCCUUCCCAAAUAUUUUUAUGUCUCAUAAUGGGCUUUUAGAAAUGUCCAGGAUAUUUAUCACUUUCCUGUACUAAAGGGGUGUACUAAAAUCAACUUUAAAAGUUUUUCAGUUUUGUCACACACAUGCAGAUAUAGCCUUUGCCAGCAGGCUUGUUCACAAUUCAGAAUUGAAUUGAGAAUGACUCCUGAAUUACAAUUCAAUUCAAAAACAGGAUCUAGAAUUACAAUUCGAAUUUGAAUUAAAGGAAGCAGAAUCGCAAAGAAAUUCAUAUACAUAUUAUACAGUAAGUGAACUGUUAAAAAUGUAUUAUUUGUCAGAUAUGAUUGCAUUACAUAUUCUAUCAAUUAUAUUAGUUUGAACUACUUGUACAGAUUACAUUAACAGGAAAUGUUUUUCCCCAGCAAUUAAUGUUAGAAACUCUAGUCACAUAACAAAUAAUUAAGUUUAUGGAACACAAUGGAACAUGACUUCAUUUCCCAGAAUGCUUUACUUUAACCAAGUUUUUAAAAUGGUUGCCAAACAAUUUUCCAAAGUAACUUUCCUAACACUGAAUUUAUGUGAGAUUCUUUCUGUUGUGUGACGGUGAAAUUUCUUUGAAUUGCCAUGAAUUUAAUUCCACUUCCUGUCAUUCCAAUCCCAAAUUCAACUUCCUAUAGGGCGGAGUCAAUUCAAUCCAAUUUCAUGAAUUGAAACAAGCCCAAUUCUGAAAUUCUAAAUAGUGCACAAGCCUGUUUGCCAUUUGUUGCCAUUAUUAUUUCACAAAUAUCCAUUAUAUCCAUUAUACAUAUUCUGUAAUGUACAUAAUACAUUUGCAACAGAAAUAAAGUAUUUAACUGCUGUAUACAAGUACAAACUAUAGAUUUUAUAGCAUGUGCAAAGACAAAGACAAAAAUAUGUCGUUAAGAAUCUCUAGUUUCCCAAAUCUUAAUACGAAAAAGGUCAACUUAAAAGUAACUCCAUCUGGUCAUCAUAUAUACAAUCUUAGUAAGAUUAAAGUCUAAAAUUUGCUUUAAUAUCGAACAAGAAUGACAAACAGUAGAUACAGUAUACUGCAAUUAUGUAAGCAUUUUAUAACCAAGAGACUACAUAAAAGCAACUUUGUUAACAGCAAUAGGAAAACAUAGUAGAAAAAGAUAAUUCUUCAAAUAAUGAAAAACAAAAAUAAUCACCACAAUAUUUAGUAUUUUUUUAUUGAAUGUUCUCAAACUAGUAUUAACAAAGAUGCUAGCAGACAGACUUAUUACCCUUAUUUCUUUAACAAUAAAGUGAGAAUUACUGUAACCACAGAACGAAUCAAAGCUGUUUAAACGCAUGCUUUGCUUUAACUACUAGACUGUUGUAUAUUGUAGGUACUUUGGUGCAAUA